AUGCGAUGGCUUGGUCUCCUGGGCAGAGAGCCUGGGAUAUUUUCGGUCCUCCAAACUCCUGCUAUGGUCUGCCGCGGCCUCAACUCGUCUCGCCCCAAGGGCUCAUGUAUGCAGAAGUCUAUGGGUCUUUCUGAGCGUGCGGCUGCGUGCCGGAGGGACCAGACAAGAGGCACGGCUUUCGGUUUAGACUGGCAGCAAACGUUCCAAAAGUUCUGUUUCGGCGGACAGCUGAGAACUCCAAAUUCUCACCUCAAGGCCUCAACUCCAAGUCUCACCUGUAUCAUUUGCUUACAGCUGGCGUCAGAUCUGGCAGAGUCUCCUUGGAUUUGGAGCAGCUCACGCAGUUCUAUUGUUGGUCAUGAAGAUCUGUCAGCCGUCAGCGUGGAGCAAAACGAGGAGGCUGCAAGUCAGGAGGUGCUUAUAGGCGCGCAGACCCACUCGUCGUACAAGCGCGCGGGUACAGGCUUCGGCGGAAUCUGGCCUGGGACGCCUGGAUAA